GUUGAUGUUUUGUUUGUGCAGAAAGCAAGACCUUUAUUCAACUGUGGACGAUGCUGAGUUGGACCGCAUGGUUAUUGACAUCCACAGAAGACACCCAAACACCGGGUACAAGCUCAUGCGUGGUCAUCUAAAUGCAAGAGGUGUGCAUGUUCCAAGCUCAAGAGUACUAGAAUCUCUACGCAGAGUCAAUGCAGAAGGAGUUCACAUGAGACGUUUAAGGCUGCGUGUGUCAAGGCGAAGGCAGUAUUCUGUACCUGGCCCGAAUUCCUUGUGGCAUAUAGAUGGGAAUCAUAAGCUCAUCAGGUGGAGAUUUGUUAUCCAUGGAGGGGUGGACGGAUUCAGUCGUCUUGUGGUCUACCUCACUGUGGCUGGCAAUAAUGGAGCCAGUACGGUCUUACGGAGCUUCAUGACUGCUGUUGAGCAGUAUGGACUGCCGUCAAGGGUACGGUCUGAUAAAGGGGGAGAGAAUGCAGAUGUCGCAGAAUUUAUGAUCAGAAGUAGAGGUGCCGACAGGAAUUCACACAUCACUGGAAGAAGUGUCCACAAUCAGCGAAGACCACAGGAGAUGGUUCCAGUAAUCCAUGUCCUCAGUCUGUUGGUCUUCAGCAAACUGUGAAAGUUAUCAUUUCUUCAGUGCUGCCCCAUGAAACAUUAUAGAUCAUCAGCAGAAAUGUGAGGGGUGUACUCACUUUUGUGAUACUGUAAUGUGUUCUAUAACUUUUGAGCGGUUGUGUAGUAAGGAGACUCUAAAAUGUCUUAAAACAUUGAUUUUCUUAUUUUAC